AUGUGGCAAGAUGAAAUUGGAUUAAUACCCUGUCCUGAAGCCAGAUAUAACCGAAGCCCUAUUGUCCUAGUGGAAAACAAGCUUGGUGUGGAGAGCUGGUGUGUGAAGUUUCUUUUGCCAUAUGUCCACAAUAAACUUCUUCUCUACAGACAGAGAAAACAGUGGCUGAACAAGGAUGAGCUGAUAGAUGUCACGUGUACCCUGCUACUGUUGAACCCUGACUUCACCACUGCUUGGAAUGUGAGGAAAGAAUUAAUACUGUCCGGUACUUUAAAUCCACUUAAAGAUUUGCAUCUUGGAAAACUGGCAUUAACCAAGUUUCCAAAGAGUCCAGAAACAUGGAUUCAUAGACGAUGGGUGCUGCAACAACUAAUUCAGGAAAACUCCUUGCCCAGUCUUGCAACCAAAGGAAACUUGGGAGCAGCACCUGUGGAGAGAAUUCACCGAUUAGUGCAGGAGGAAAUGAAUGUCUGCUCUGAAGCUGCUGGGAGAUACCCAAGCAACUACAAUGCCUGGUCCCAUCGCAUCUGGGUUUUACAGCAUUUGGCAAAGCUCACUGUCAAGGUUCUCCUCGAUGAACUUUCAUCCACUAAAUAUUGGGUAUCCAUGCAUGUCUCAGACCACAGUGGGUUUCAUUACCGCCAGUUCUUACUCAAUUCCUUGAUACACAGAACGGUGACUGACAACAACAUACCGGUACAAAGUCAAAUGGUAAAUGAGCAAAACCCGAGCCUUCAGAAGGAGGAAGAGAGUGCAGGGACAGAAGCUGCAUGUGCAGAGGAUCAAAGCAUAGAUCUCCCCCGCCGUUUAGAUGAAGAGAUGGAACUCUGCAGUGAACUGAUUGAUAAUUACCCAGGGCAUGAAACCUUGUGGUGUCAUAGAAGGUGUGUAUUCUACCUUCAACAGCACUUAAGCAACAAACUUCCUCUCCUGAGUGCAGUGGUAUCAUCUGUGGACAGCAGUGAUGAAAGUCUGAAUAAUUCCCACCAUAGUCCUGCAACAAGUCACAUGUCUCAAGCUAUGGAUGUUGAUGGUUUGAAUGAAUCCAGCAGCAAACAAGGUUAUACCCAAGAAACAAAACGCCUGAAGCGUGCUCCUGUGCAGGACUCUCUUGGUCCAGAAAUGGAAUACCGGUUUGUUGAUAAAGUAUUAUCGACUUGUAGGGAUGUGGACCAAGCCAGGUUUGCUACUGCUUAUAGAAAAUGGUUAGUUACUUUUUUAGGUCAGUGAAGGAGGUGUUUAGAGCUUUCAGGGUUCUUCUCUUAGUGCAAUAUUCUCUUUUCAGACACAAUGCAUGUCUUGGUUGCAAGUGUUAGCUAACCCUGAGUUUCUCUCUCUUUUGAUGGUCAGUCCUAAAGCUAAAUUUCAGAGUAGAAGUCUGUCACUUUAUUAAAGAACUGGCAUAUGUUUUUAUUAAGCAAAUGCAGUUUGUUACUUAAUCUGUGUAAGAAAUCACUCUUAUCAGCUUCCUACUAUGAUAUUUUCUUUUUUUUUACUUCUGCAUUAAGGUGGACUGAAUCAUUUGACUUAAAAAAAAUGGAGGUAAAAUAAAAAGUUUGAAAUGCUUGUGCAACAGAGUGUCUGAAAAAAGAAUGGGAGAAUCUGUCAUAUCAGCUAAACCAGUUCCCAGUUUGUUCCUGUGUAGCAUCAUGCUAAUACCUUAUUGGAUCCAGACUAUAUUCACUGACUGCUAUUAUUUUUGUAUAGCAGUCUUUGGUAGAACACCAGAAUACAGUGUUUCUUUCUGAAGGCUCCAGUAACAGUUUUGGAGCUGUCAUGCCUUUUACUGUUUUAACUGGGUUUUUGUUUGCUUAUUAAUUGUCAUGUUAACUUGAUAGGAAGGUCUAUAAGGUUGAAAUCUUGAUAAGCAGAUACAGGAAAAUGUGGCAGAAGAUAGUGCAAACACGUGUUCACCCACAGUCAGAGCUGUAUUUGGAAAUAGUUUUCUUAAAACAGACCACUUUCAUUUCUUACUUGGUGUUUAUUUAUUUAUUUCAUCUCAGCAAUCCUGAAUUAAUCACACUUGAUACACAUUUUUGAAUGUCUUAUUUACACUACAGAUUCUCACCAUGCUAAAUCACACAUUGGUAACUUGUACUUAAC